AUGGAGUCGCAUAUCCGCACCCGUACCCGCGCCCGCGCCUGCGACGGCGACGGCGACGGCGACGAUGACGACGACGACAACGACCAAGAUGCGAAGCCUGUUUCAGGAUUUGCCAGACUCGGACUCGACGUGCCGACGGUUGUUGUCAUGCUAAAGGGCUCAUUACCUCCCACCAUAGCAAUUGCUAUGUAUCAAUCUAGCGUGGUGUCUGGCUACUUCCUGACCUUUGGCUACUUCAUUGCUGACUCCUGA